UUUUUUUUUUCCUUCUACUCAGUAUUUCAUGUUGCCUUUCUCUGCAUCUCCCACUCCCCGUUUUCUUCUCAGUGUGCCUCUCUUCCCCCAUUUUUCUGUGCAUCUCUUCCUCUCAUUAGCCCUCAUCACACUGAGAGAGGAGUUCACUAUUGUGCAUCCAGCAUCCAUUUUUUCUGGAUGAUGUUUUCUCAAGAGCAUCAGGCGGUGAUGGCUGGCAGUAUACCUCUCUGAGUGGUUAAAUAUUUCACGGACGCCGGCAGAGAGAAGAGACAGAAGGAGAGAGAAACCUCCCAACACAACCGACAGAGGGUGGAGGAGGGGACUGGUGGCAGCAGAAAAUGGCUACCAUGACUACAGUACCCAGCUAUAACCCUUCGCUGUGGGUGAGAAUGUGUCACGCCCUGCCCCGGCUGGACUUCUCCAUGCAGAUGAGGGACAACGUCUUUGUCCCUGACAGCUGGGAGUACCAGCAGACUUUGCUGGUUUUGUCCAGUUUAUCAGCCAUCGCUCUUGUUAUCUCCCUAUUGGUGGUUCUCUCCUUCCUCAUACACUACUGCUGCUGUCACCGUGGUGACCGGAACGAAGGAUCAGAAGAAGAGGAGGAGGAUGAGGAUGGCAGCACGGGUCACGGUUAUAGUGGGAAGAAGGGGCGGGGAAUCUGCUGUGUCACGUGGGUGGCGGUGGCGGCUGUCACGCUCUGCUGUGUUGCCAUAGGCAUCGGUUUCUAUGGCAACAGUGAGGCUAAUGAUGGGAUGUAUCAGUUGACCUCGUCUCUUCUCACAGCCAAUUAUACGCUAGCUUCCAUCGAUCUGCUGAUUUCAGACACAAUUACUGGACUUCAGCUGUCUAUCUCUGGACCACUGGCCUCGAUGGAGGAGUUAUUUACCGGCAGCAAACCCUUCCUGGUUUCGACACGGAACUGCCGGAGGUUAUCUGAGAACGUCAUCAACCUCCUCUCCUCCAUCUCCCUGGCUCGGUCCAGCAUUGACACUGGGCUGGGGAAUGACAGCAGUAUCAGCGGGGCGUCCAUCACGCCUCUGACCCCGGUACCGCCCUCUGUGGCGCCUACAGUGGUGCCUAACAGCGGCUUAAUGGCCAGCCCCUUCUCACCUGGCUGGGCGGCCAACACACUGAUGGUCAAUGAGGACUACAGGUGGCUGUCUUAUGUGUUGCUGCUGCUCCUUGACCUCAUAGUUUGUCUGUUCAUCCUGCUGGGACUCGCCAAACAAGCCCGUUGGCUGCUCAUCCUGAUGACAGUGCUGGCUUGGCUGGCCCUCUUCCUAAGCUGGGGCUCCCUGGGUUUGGAGACAGCCACUGUGGUGGCUCUCAGUGACUUCUGCUCAGAUCCAAACGCGUUUGUCCUUAACUCCACCCAGUUCAACAGUGGGACCAGCUCAGACGUGUUGGAUUAUUACCUGACCUGCAACAGGCGCAUGAACAGUCCAUUCCAGCAGCUGCUGACCCAGUCACAGAGGGCACUCUCAAACAUUCACACACAUCUCUCCAGUCUGGACAGAAAUGCUCUCACACAGUUCCCCAAAGCUGAGAAAUCACUCAGGGAUGUUCAACAGAUACUCAACUCAACAGAGGGCAACUUUCAUCAGCUGGUGGCACUACUGAACUGCCGGGGUCUGAAUAAGGACUACAUUGACUCAUUGAAAGGCCUGUGCUAUGACGGGAUGGAGGGAUUGCUCUACCUCUCCCUUUACUCUUUUCUCUCUGCUCUGGCCUUCACUGCCAUCCUCUGCUCUCUACCUGGUGCCUGGAGGAGCUUCCCCAGUGAAUCAGAGGAGUAUGAAGACUCAGACAGCGAGAGUGAGGACCCCUUCACUUCCCAUCAGGACUCCAAACGUUUCCUCCAAUGGCAACCCUGGCUAUGAGAGCCUACCCUUGACUGACAGGCAGUCCCCACCCCCCUCUUACUCUCCCAGCAUGCUGACUGGUUACGGGGGAAGUCAAUCACACCCCAACCCCGCCCAUUCGAGGAACCUGUAUUCACGUUGAUUAUUAUUAUUUUUUGUUAGGAAAUGUAUAGAAAAAAAAUGUUUAGUUUUCUUAUGAAUGGACACUUUAAUGAAAUGAAAAAGAAACUAAUCUAAAUAAAAUGAAUGCUAGGUGUCAAAGUGCGUAACGUCAGUACCACUGAGUAUUAUCAUUAUUACUAUUAUUAUUAUUAAAAGCACUUAAAAGAUACAACCGACAGUGAUUCUGCUGCUUGGUUAUGCUUUAAACCAAGUGUGCUUGGCCUAAAUUCCUCCCUCCCUUUUGUCCAAACUGUGUAAACUGUGGUGAGCCAAGUCAGAAUGGUAUUGACGUUACUACGUUGUAGUUUUAUAUUCUUAAAUGUAUCUGUACCACCACUUUAUUUUCGAGUUUUUAUAUAAAUAUUGUUGUAGAAAAGCACUGGCACGUAGCAACAAGACACAUUUUUUUCUGUGAAUGGUUAUGCAGUUCCUUCACUUGGUAUGAUUUUUUUUUUUAAUUACUUUUUAUAGGUGGCGAUUCUGUAUUUUCCUCGUAUUACCUUAUGGUACUCUGUAUAUCUCUCACUGUCUGUAAUAUCUGAAUAAUCAUGAAUCUUUGCUCUUUAAAAAAACAAAACAAACAAACAAAAAAAACUUGAGGGCUGCCGUGACUCUAUUUUAAUGACGGAACGGAGAACCGCCACCCAGUCUCUGAGGGUGGAGAACUAGAAAUCCCAUGCCAUGACAGCAGAUACAUAGCAAUAUGAAUCUUGCUACUGGUGCUGCAGUAGCCCUACCAUAACUAGCAAUAAUAACUAUGUAUAGCGUUGGAUUUCUGAGAUCUCUCCAAGAAGUUUUUGUGUAUAUAUGGUACCGGUGUGAGAUUUCAUCGAAUCCCUCCCUCUUUGACCCUGUUAACCCUUGAAUUGAGUUUGUAUGGUUAUCAAUGCUCCUUUUGAAUGGCAUCCUUUUACACUCGAGAGUCUAAUAUAAAUAAAAAUAACUUCAAUAACCCGACACUG